UGUUUUCUCCACCGGCUUGAGUCUUGAGCACCACGUUACAUAUCCUACGCCUAAGGAGAGAGCCCAACGGCUUCGCUCCUUCUGCGUGUUCCUCAUCUCCAAACCCUUCUACGUUAUAUAUAUACAUACAUAAUACACACACGUAUAUGCAUACAAUCCUAUAUUCACAGAAACAGCCCAAACCCCACUGCAAAAGUCAGGCAUAUCCAUCUUCUCCACAGCCCAAAAAUGGAACUUCUUCAGCCACCCAAGAUGGGUAUGCCCGAUUUCGUCUACAGGCACAGUGAUUUCGUCCUCCGACCCAUCUUCUUACGUGGGUUUUCGGGUACAUUGCACCUGUUUUUGCUGCUUUCUCUGUUUGUCUUCUGGGUCUGGAGGAGGAUCGGGAUUGGCCACCAUGGAGGCAGCCCGAAACAGAGCGCUAGGAGAGCUCGAAUCUCUUGCUUUAAACAAGCUCUGUUUUGUUCUCUGGCUGUCUCUUUCUUAAGUUUCAUCAUUUGUUCAUUGAACUACUUUUAUUGGUAUCGGAAUGGUUGGUCUGAAGAAGAGAUUGUAGUUCUCUCGGAUUUAGGACUCAGAACGCUUGCUUGGUUAGCUAUCUCUCUUUAUUUGCAUACCCAUUUAUCCGAUUCAGGAGAAACAAAGUUCCCAAUUUUGUUAAGAGUCUGGUGGGGGUUUUACUUCUCAACUUCCUGUUAUUUCCUUGUUGUCGACUUCCUUUUUAAUGGAAAGGACCGGCCGUUGCCGACCCAAUUGUUGGUAUCCGAUAUUGUUUCGGCCAUUGCGGGUUUGUUCUUGUGUUAUUUGGGGUUUUGGGGGAGGAAGGAAGGUGAAUAUGGUCUUCUUCAAGAACCCCUUUGGAAUGGUAGUACUAUUCUGAGUAAUGGUACAGAUUUGAACAAGUCUAGUGAAGCUGAAAUCAUUGCCCCUUAUGAAAAUGCUAGUAUUUUCAGUAUCCUUACUUUCUCUUGGAUGAGCCAUUUGAUUAGUGUGGGCUAUAAGAAAACUUUAGACCUGGAGGAUGUUCCUCAACUUGCUAGUGUUGACAGUGCCAAAGGGGCCUUUCCAAUUUUUAGACGUGAAUUGGAGUCGGAUAGUGGUAGUGGAAAUAGAGUAACCGCGAUGAAGCUGGCGAAGGCUCUGAUCUCCGUUACAUCCAGGGAGAUUUUGUUAACAGUUUUUUUUGUACUUCUAUACACAUUGGCGUCGUAUGUUGGUCCAUACCUCAUAGAUACCUUUGUUGAAUACCUUAAUGGACGUAGAGAGUUCAACAAUGAAGGCUAUGUUUUGGUGUUUGCAUUCUUCAUUGCAAAGGUUAUUGAGGGUGUGGCGCAGAAGCGCUGGUACUUCAAGUUGGAGCAGGUUGGAAUUAGGGCCCGGGCAGUUCUUGUUACUAUGAUCUACAAUAAAGGUUUGACCAUAUCGUGCCAAUCAAAACAAGGGAACACAAGUGGGGAGAUAAUCAAUGUCAUGACUGUUGAUGCCGAGAGGGUUGGGGACUUUGGUUGGUAUAUUCAUGAUCCGUGGAUGCUGGUUCUGCAAAUUGUUUUGGCCUUGGUGAUAUUGUACAAAAAUCUUGGGCUUGCUUGCAUUGCUACAUUAGUUGCUACCAUACUAGUGAUGUUGGCAAAUGUUCCACUUGUGAGGCUGCAGGAGAAGUUUCAGGAUAAUUUAAUGAAAUCCAAAGACAACAGGAUGAAAGCAGAAUCUGAAAUCUUGAGGAACAUGAGGAUUCUCAAGCUUCAGGCCUGGGAGAUGAAGUUCUUGUCAAAAAUCGUUGAUCUCAGGCAAACUGAAGCAGGAUGGUUGAAAAAGUUUUUAUAUACAUCAGCUAUGACAUCUUUAAUCUUUUCGGUUGCACCUGCAUUUGUGUCCAUAAUCACUUUUGGUGCUUGUGUGCUUAUGGGUAUCCCACUUGAAUCAGGGAAGAUCUUAGCAGCGCUUGCAACAUUUAGAAUACUGCAACAGCCUAUUUAUAACCUUCCCGACACCAUCUCAAUGAUAGUCCAGACUAAAGUAUCCCUUGAUCGGAUAGCUGCAUUCCUUAGUCUCGAUAACUUGCAGGCUGAUGUCAUAGAGAAGCUUCCUAGAGGCAGUUCUCAAACUGGAAUUGAGAUAGUUGAUGGCAAUUUCUCUUGGGAUGUAUCAUCCCACACUCCAACACUGAAAGAUAUAAAUAUCAGUGUGUCUCGUGGCAUGAGGGUUGCUGUUUGUGGUACUGUUGGCUCGGGAAAGUCAAGUUUGCUCUCCUGCAUUUUAGGGGAAAUUCCCAAAGUAUCAGGGACCAUUAAGCUCUGUGGAACAAAGGCCUAUGUCUCUCAGUCACCGUGGAUACAGAGUGGAAAGAUAGAAGAGAAUAUACUAUUUGGCCGGGAGAUGGACCGUGACUUGUAUGACAAGGUUCUUGAAGUAUGUUCUUUGAAGGAGGACCUGGAAAUUCUUUCUUUUGGUGACCAAACAGUUAUAGGUGAGAGGGGAAUCAAUUUGAGUGGAGGCCAGAAGCAGAGGAUACAGAUUGCACGCGCUCUGUACCAAGAUGCUGAUAUUUAUCUGUUCGAUGAUCCAUUUAGUGCUGUGGAUGCUCAUACAGGAAGUCAUCUCUUUAAGGAAUGUCUACUGGGGCAUCUGGGUUCCAAAACAGUGGUGUAUGUUACUCAUCAAGUAGAGUUCUUACCUGCAGCAGAUCUCAUCCUGGUUAUGAAAGAUGGAACGAUUACUCAAGCUGGGAAGUACAAUGACAUACUUAGUUCAGGUACUGAUUUUAUGGAACUUGUGGGUGCACAUAGUGAAGCUUUAUCCAUAUUGGAUUCCACGGUAGCUGGUUCAGUCUCGAAAGACUUAAAUAUCAGUGAGGAGGAUGACAGUGUUGGGAGUGAUUACAAGUCUGUCCAGCAAGAGGUAGGUGGGCAUGGCCAAAAUAAGCCAGAUGAUAUGGUGGGACAAAAAGGACAGCUCAUUCAAGAGGAAGAAAGAGAGAAAGGCAUAGUUGGUUUUCCAGUCUACUGGAAAUACGUAACAACAGCAUAUGGAGGCGCCCUUGUUCCCUUCACACUGUUGGCCCACAUUCUAUUGCAGGUAUUUCAAAUAGGAAGCAACUAUUGGAUGGCUUGGGCAACUCCCGUAUCGGAGGAAGUGGCACCUCCAGUUGGUGGCAUUGCUCUCUUAAGCAUUUAUGUAGCUUUGGCAAUUGGGAGUUCUCUUUGCAUCUUUGCCAAAGUCUUUCUUCUUGUAACAGCUGGGUAUAAAACUGCCACGGCACUCUUCAAUAAAAUGCAUUAUUGCAUCUUCCGUGCUCCCAUGUCAUUCUUUGAUGCCACCCCAAGCGGACGAAUCUUAAAUAGAGCUUCUACAGACCAAAGCACCGUAGAUUUAGACAUUCCCCAUCGAGUUGGGGAAUUUGCUUUCUCGAUCAUACAGCUCCUGGGAAUUAUUGCAGUAAUGUCACAGGUUGCGUGGCAGGUCUUGGUUAUAUUUCUUCUUGUGACUGCAACUUGCAUUUGGUUACAGCGAUAUUACAUACCUUCAGCACGAGAACUUUCACGACUGCUUGGAGUAUGCAGAGCUCCAGUUAUACAGCAUUUUGUUGAAACCAUCUCAGGAUCAACUACUAUCAGGAGCUUUGAUCAGGAAUCCAGAUUCAAAGAGUCAUAUAUGAAACUGACAGAUGCAUAUUCUCGGCCAAAGUUUUAUAGUGCUUGUGCAAUGGAGUGGCUAUGCUUCCGCUUGGAUAUGUUGUCUUCUGUUACAUUUGCAUUUUCUCUGGUGUUCUUGGUCUCUGUACCGACAGGAGCAAUCGAUCCAAGUAUUGCGGGAUUAGCAGCGACAUAUGGGCUUAAUCUUAACAUGUUACAGGCAUGGUUUAUAUGGAAUCUUUGCAAUAUGGAGAAUAAAAUUAUAUCAGUUGAAAGAAUAUUUCAAUACACUUCUAUCCCUAAUGAGCCUCCUCUUGUGAUAGAAGCAAAUAGACCAAAUGGUCAGUGGCCGUCACACGGAGAAGUUGAUAUCAGAGAUCUGCAGGUCCAAUAUGCCCCACACUUGCCACUUGUUUUACGUGGCCUUACAUGCACUUUCCCUGGUGGAACGAAGACUGGAAUUGUUGGGAGGACGGGCAGUGGCAAGUCAACCCUCAUACAGACACUCUUCCGCAUUGUUGAUCCUACUGUCGGUCAAAUUCUGAUAGAUGGUGUAGACAUUUCCUCAAUUGGACUGCAUGAUUUACGGUCUAGGUUAAGUAUCAUUCCUCAGGAUCCAACCAUGUUCGAGGGAACUGUGCGAAGCAACCUGGACCCCCUUGAAGAGUGCACUGAUGAACAGAUUUGGGAGGCUCUAGACAAGUGCCAGCUUGGAGAUGAAGUCAGGAAGAAGCAAGGCAAGCUUGAUUCAUCAGUUACAGAGAAUGGGGAGAAUUGGAGUAUGGGUCAGAGGCAGCUUGUUUGUCUCGGCCGGGUGCUACUCAAGAAAAGCAAGGUCUUGGUGCUCGACGAAGCAACAGCAUCAGUCGAUACAGCAACCGACAAUCUUAUUCAGCAUACGCUCAAGCAACACUUCUCAGACUGCACGGUUUUAACCAUUGCGCAUAGGAUAACAUCUGUACUUGACAGCGACAUGGUUCUGCUGUUAGAUCAUGGACUUGUAAUGGAACAUGAUUCUCCAUCAAAGUUGCUAGAAAUCAAGUCAUCAUUCUUCUCAAGGUUGGUUGCAGAAUACAGUUCAAGAUCCAAUUCCAAUUCUACUUUCAAGUAAGCGGAAACCAGUUUAACUAACUGUGUUGCUGUACCACAGCUAUGGACUGGUGUUGUACAUAUGGUACCCUUUGGAAAAGGGACUGAAUAACACCUACCCCCUUCGAGUUCAAAUAAAAUGCUGAUAUUCUCACUUACUAGAGACGGAUUUGUGCUAGCUUGCAAGCUAGGGGACCUCCCUAAUCCCAACAAUAAGGGAAUUUUUAUUAUGAGCAUAUAUGUGAAGCUAAGAAAUUAUACAUUUUCUUAGAAUUCGUGAACUUAUAGGAUUGUAAAAUUCUCUAGUACCUAUGAAG